ACAACCCUGUGCGAAACAAUGUUAUCAUCAUCGGUUCGGGUCCAUACUGAAAGUUGUUGACAGAAACACCGAUUAGGAUAAAUCCGAACCCUAACAUAAACUUAGCUCCGUUCGCCGCCGUCGCACAGCACAAUCGCGCUUGCGUUCGUUCGUUCUACGUGAUCUAAAUGUAUAACGGAAUAGGGUUACAGACCCCAAGAGGCUCGGGUACCAAUGGUUACAUUCAGAGCAACAAGUUCUUCGUGAGGCCCAAGACUACCAAGGUUUCUGACAACACCAAAGGAUUUGAGGCAGAUCAGGGAACUGCUGGUGUUACCAGGAAGCCCAACAAAGAGAUCCUCGACCAUGAUCGCAAGCGUCAGAUUCAACUCAAGCUCGUCAUCCUCGAAGACAAGCUCACCGAUCAGGGUUACACUGACUCUGAGAUUGCCGAGAAACUUGAGGAGGCUCGGGCGAACCUGGAAGCCGCCGCUGCUGCUGAGGACGAAACUGAUGGAGGAUCCAAUUCGGAUAAAAAGAUUUCUGAUACACAGACUCACCAAAUUGCUGCUAGAAAGGAAAAGCAGAUGGAGACAUUGAAAGCUGCUCUUGGCAUAGUUUCAGCUGAAGUCCAGGAAGAUGGGAUUGAUGAUGGGCCAGGAAAUGAUGGAAAAGUUGGUGCUAAUGCAGAGGGGAAACAUAAUUUGAAAUCUGAACAUUCCUUUUUGGAUAGAGAUUUCAGUUUGAAAAAACAAAUAGUUGAAGUUCAAAAAGAUGAAAAUGCUAAGAAGGGUCUUAAAGACUCAAGACACCACAAGAAGGGUGAAGCUCGCAAAAGAAAGUAUGAGGAUGAUUCAUCUGAUUCAGACAGCAGUAGAGAUAAUGAGAAGGGACCUAGAAGGAAGCACGAUAGGGAGAAUACGGACAGCAGUGAUGAAUCAGAUUCUGAUAGUGAUGCUAAGAGGAAGGUCAAGAAGGAAAAGAAGAGGAAGGCACCAAAGCAUCGCAAGAAAGGCAGGGUGGAGGACAGUGAUGAUACUGACUCUACUUCUGAUUCUGAUGACCGUAAUGCUGCAAGGAGAACUAACAAAAAAUCAGGAAAGAGGCAUGUUUCUGAUUAUCAUGAAGGCUCCCCCAUGCAUAGGCCUAAAGAAGGGAAGCAACACAAGCAGACGAGUAAACGUCGGGGUUCUGAAGAGGGGUCUGAUGUUGACAGUGAGGAAAAAAAGAGUGGAAGACUUGAGAAGCAGAAGAUGAAGGGGCGUGUUUCAAAUGAUGAGGACUCUGACAGAGAUGGUGUUAGGCGUGUUUCAGGACAAGAUAGAUAUGUUCAAAAGGUGUCACGCUCUUCCUCUUAUGAGAGUAGCAGUGACAAUGAUUCAGACAGCAUUUCUAGUGACCACAGUUAUGGAAGAGCUAGAAAAAGUGGGACUGUGGCAAAGAAAGGUGGACCUAGGGAGGAAGUAAAGGGCAGAGGUGAUGUUGUGGAGAAAGGGAAAAGUCAUGCUAAGGUUGAUGGAUUGGAUUCUUUAAGAAAAUCAUAUGGUAGAGAAUUUACGGAUGGAUCAAAUACUAGAAGUCGAGCAAUGGCACAGGCCAACAAGAAGAUUAAUGAAGAUAGAGAUACGGAGCCUGACACAUUUGCUAAGCAGGAUGGGCAUGAUAGGAAGCUUGGAAAAACUGAGUCUGAAUCAAAAUCUAGAAUGUAUCAAAACAAAAGUCGAGAAAGGGAUGGUUAUUCUAAAUCAGCUAAACUUGGAGGGUUUGAUUAUGAGUCUUCUGAGCAGAGAGGCAGAAAUUAUAACAGGGAUGGUGAGGAUCGGGAAGCAAGAAGGCAUGGAAGAAAUGAUAAUGAUCUUAGAGAGCAGGAGCAGGAGCAUAGAAAGGAUAAGGAUGACCAUGGAGAAAGAAAGCGUGGAGGAAAUGAAGAUCAUACAGGAAGGAAGCACUUGAGGGGAGAGAUUGAUCAUGGAGAAAGAAAGCACUCAAGGGACGUGGAUGAUUCUAGAGAAGGAAAGCUCAAAAAGGAGGAAGAUGGCCUUGGGGAGAGAAAGCGUGGAAGAGAUGAAGCUGAUCCUAGAGAAGGAAAGCUAAAAAGGGAUGAAGAUGGCCUUGGGGAGAGAAAGCGUGGAAGAGAUGAAGACGAUCCUAGAGAAGGAAAACUAAAAAGAGAUGAAGAUGGCCAUGGAGAGAGAAAGCAUGGAAGAGAUGAAGAUGACCAUGUAGGAAGAAAGCAAUCAAGGUAUGCAGAUGAUCCUAGAGAAGGAAAGCUCAGAAGGGAUGAAGAUGGCCAUGGAGAGAGAAAGCAUGGAAGAGAUGAAGAUGAUCAUGUAGGAAGAAAGCACUUUAGGGAUGAGGAUGAUCAUGGUGAAAGAAAGCAUGAGAGGGAUGAGGGUGAUAAUAGAGAAGUAAAAUACAGAAGGUAUGAGGAUGGCCUUGGAGAAAGAAAGAACUCAAGGGAUGAGGAUGGCCAUGGAGAGAGAAAGAAACUAAAGGAUGGGGAUGGUCAUUGGGAAAGACAACGCAGAAGGGAUGAUGAUUAUCAUGCAGAAAGAAAGCCUAGAAGGGAUGGUGAUUAUCAUGGACAUGGAGAGAGAAAGCAGCACAGUAGGGAUGAUGAUGGCCGUGGAGAAAGAAAGCACAAAAGCUAGUGCUGGAGGAAGAGCAGGGUAGCCAUGGUGAUUACUCCAAAAGAGCCAUGAUUCACGUUUGAGAGCUAUGAAAGUGACUCCUGAACUUGGACCAGGCAUUUAGAAUGGUUAUUUACUACUUUAAUCUCUGAAUACUUUUAUAAAGCGUGUAAUAUGUUAAUGUUUGCUUAGAUUUGAAGUUGAGUUGUGACUGUAAUUUUGCGUUUUUAUAAGAAAAGUCUAGACGUAUGUUUGCUAGACUGGAAACAUUGGAGUUGCUAUUUCCAUGAAUGACAGAAUCCUUUUCUUGUGCA